UCCACAAACCACACAACCACCAACAUGUCCGAGCACAACUACAAGUUCAACAUCGCCAUGAGCUGUGGCGGCUGCUCCGGCGCUGUCGAGCGCGUGCUCAAGAAGCUCGAUGGCGUCAAGUCGUACAACGUUUCCCUCGAGACCCAAACCGCCGAUAUUGUUGCCGAAGACUCGCUUUCUUACGAGACCGUUCUCGAGAAAAUCAAGAAGACCGGCAAGACUGUCAAGUCUGGUGAGGCCGAUGGCUCUCCCAGGGACGUUUAAAGAUUACGGAUCAGCCUGAGCGAUUUCUUUACGGCAUAUUGUUAUUUUAGCAAGCAAUGGAUACCACCUUUCGUAACAGCUGAGCCUUUGGCUCUGCUACAAUACCUCUCACCUGCAUGGUGUUGAAUGAAUAGAAAUGGUGUUUGGCACCAAAGAAUCAAAGGAUACCCAUACCCGCAGCCUGCGAACAUGCUGCACAACGUGAUAAUUGAUUGGCUUGCUCUUUCAGCGCAUGUUGCAUCAGCAGAGAGAAGUCAGGCAAACAGAUAAGCUACACAGCUGCAUUGCGAAAUCUUGCAGACGCCAAAACGGGUGG